GAAGUCGGUCAGUGAGCUGGUGGCAGCAGCCCGGGCAACCCAGAGGGAACAGACAGUGAGCAGUAGCAGUGCGGGGGCCUCAGCUCCCCUCCGUGGCGUGUCCGUCCCAGGGUGGCUGCCAGCCCCGGCCCGGGAGGUGUGCACCCACCAUGGUCCCCUGCUGGAACCACGGCAACAUCACCCGCUCCAAGGCGGAGGAGCUGCUCUCCAGGACGGGCAAGGAUGGGAGCUUCCUCGUGCGCGCCAGUGAGUCCAUCUCCCGGGCCUACGCACUCUGUGUGCUGUAUCGGAACUGUGUUUACACUUACAGGAUUCUGCCCAAUGAAGAGGAGAAGUUCACUGUCCAGGCAUCCGAAGGUGUCCCCGUGAGGUUCUUCACUAAGCUGGACCAGCUCAUCGAGUUUUACAAGAAAGAAAACAUGGGUCUGGUGACCCACCUGCAGUAUCCCGUGCCCCUUGAGGAGGAGGAUGCAGGUGAUGAGCCGGAGGAGGAGACAGAAGGCGUUGUGUCUCCACCUGAGCUGCCACCGAGAAACAUCCCUUUAUCUGCUGGGCCGUAUGAAGCCAAGGAGGUCCCUCUUUCAAGCGAGAAUCCGAGAGCCACUGAGGUCAGCCGGCCGAGCCUCUCCGAGACGUUGUUUCAGCGGCUCCAGUGCAUGGACACUAGCGGGCUUCCAGAAGAGCAUCUUAAAGCCAUCCAAGAUUAUUUAAGUGCCCAGCUGGCCCUGGAUUCUGAUUUUGUGAAGACGGGCUCCAGCAGUCUCCCUCAUCUAAAGAAACUGACCAUGCUUCUCUGCAAGGAGCUCUAUGGUGAAGUCGUCCGGACCCUCCCCGCCCUGGAGUCUCUGCAGCGGUUGUUUGACCAGCCACUCUCCCCGGGCCUCCGUCCACGGCCUCAGGUGCCUGGUGAAGCCAACCUGGUCAACAUGGUGGCCAAGCUCACUCAACUGACUAGUCUGCUGUCUUCUAUUGAAGAUAAGGUCAAGGCCUUGCUGCAUGAAGGUCCCGAGUUUUCCCACCGGCGUUCCCUUAUCCCUCCAGUCACCUUUGAGGUGAAGUCAGAGUCCCUGGGGAUUCCUCAGAAAUUGCAGCUCAAAGUUGAUGUUGAGGCUGGGAAACUGAUAAUUAAGAAGUCCAAGGAUGGUUCUGAGGAUAAGUUUUACAGCCACAAGAAAAUCCUGCAGCUCAUCAAGUCUCAGAAGUUUCUGAACAAGUUGGUGAUUCUGGUGGAAACAGAGAAGGAGAAGAUCUUGCGGAAGGAGUACGUUUUUGCUGACUCCAAAAAGAGAGAAGGCUUCUGCCAACUUCUCCAGCAGAUGAAAAACAAGCACUCGGAGCAGCCGGAGCCUGACAUGAUCACCAUCUUCAUCGGCACCUGGAACAUGGGUAACGCCCCCCCUCCCAAGAAGAUCACGUCCUGGUUUCUCUCCAAGGGGCAGGGAAAGACUCGAGAUGACUCUGCCGAUUACAUCCCCCACGAUAUCUACGUAAUUGGCACCCAGGAGGACCCCCUUGGAGAGAAGGAGUGGCUGGAGAUACUCAAACACUCCCUGCAAGAAAUCACCAGCAUGACUUUUAAAACAAUCGCUAUCCACACCCUCUGGAACAUCCGUAUCGUGGUGCUAGCCAAGCCGGAGCAUGAGAACCGGAUCAGCCACAUCUGCACUGACAACGUGAAGACCGGCAUCGCCAACACACUCGGGAACAAGGGAGCUGUGGGUGUGUCAUUCAUGUUCAAUGGAACCUCCUUGGGAUUUGUUAACAGCCACUUGACUUCCGGAAGCGAGAAGAAACUCAGGCGAAACCAAAACUAUAUGAACAUUCUCCGGUUUCUGGCUCUGGGAGACAAGAAACUGAGUCCCUUUAACAUCACCCACCGCUUUACCCACCUCUUCUGGCUUGGGGAUCUCAACUACCGCGUGGAACUGCCCACCUGGGAGGCGGAAACCAUGGUCCAGAAGAUCAGGCAGCAGCAGUACACGGACCUCCUGUUCCACGACCAGCUGCUGAUGGAGAGGAAGGAGCAGAAGGUUUUCCUGCACUUCGAGGAGGAAGAAAUCACAUUCGCGCCCACCUACCGUUUUGAAAGACUGACCCGGGACAAAUAUGCCUACACUAAGCAGAAAGCCACAGGGAUGAAGUACAACUUGCCGUCCUGGUGUGACCGAGUUCUCUGGAAGUCGUACCCCCUGGUGCACGUGGUGUGUCAGUCCUACGGCAGCACCAGUGACAUCAUGACAAGUGACCACAGCCCUGUUUUUGCCACAUUUGAGGCAGGAGUCACCUCCCAGUUUGUCUCCAGGAAUGGCCCCGGGACUGUCGACAGCCAGGGGCAGAUCGAGUUUCUGAGAUGCUUCGCCACGCUGAAGACCAAGUCCCAGACCAAGUUCUACCUGGAGUUCCACUCGAGCUGCUUGGAGAGUUUCGUCAAGAGUCAGGAAGGAGAAAAUGAAGAAGGAAAGGAAGGGGAGUUGGUGGUGAAGUUCAGCGAGACACUUCCAAAGCUGAAGCCCAUUAUCUCUGACCCCGAGUACCUGCUGGACCAGCACAUCCUGAUCAGCAUUAAGUCCUCCGACAGCGACGAAUCCUAUGGUGAGGGCUGCAUUGCUUUACGGUUGGAGGCCACGGAAACCCUGCUCCCCAUCUACACACCUCUCACCCACCAUGGAGAGAUGAUGGGUCACUUCCGGGGGGAGAUUAAGCUGCAGACGUCCCAAGGCAAGACGAGGGAGAAGCUCUAUGACUUUGUGAAGACUGAACGAGAUGAGUCCAGCGGGCCCAAGGCCCUGAAGAGUCUCACCAGCCAUGACGCCAUGAAGCAGUGGGAACCUGCCAACAGGGUCCCUCCAUGUGGUGGCUCCAGCAUCACGGAAGUCAUCAACCCCAACUACAUGGGGAUGGGGUCCUUCGGGCACAUGAAGCAGGCCCUGUCCCCCGACCAGCAGCCCACAGCCUGGAGCUAUGACCAGCCACUCAAGGAUCCCUCCCUGGGGCCCGGCAGGGGAGAGAGCCCUCCAACACCGCCCUCCCAGCCCCCUGUAUCACCGAAGAAGUUUUCAUCUUCGGCAGCAGCCCGGGGCCCCUGCCCCAGGGCGCAGGAGUCAAGGCCUGGCGAUGCCGUGGACCCUUUGGCACUGGAGGACCCGCAGCCAACCAAGCCCGAGAUGUUUGAGAACCCGCUGUACGGGUCUGUGAGUUCUUUCCCCAAGCUGCUUCCCAGGAAAGAGCAGGAAUCCCCCAAAAUGCUGAGGAAGGAGCCCCCGCCCUGCCCGGACCCGGGAGUCCUGUCGCCCAGCAUCCUGCUCUCCAAAGUCCAGGAGGCCGAGGGCAGCAAGGCAACCAGCAAGCCCACGCCCGCGCCCUUCCUCAGCCCCACGCCCCGGCUCCGCUCCUUCACCUGCUCGUCUCCGGCCGAGGGCCGGCCAGCCGCCGGGGACAAGAGCCAAGGGAAGCCCAAGGCCCCCGCCGGCCCACAGGCCCCAGUGCCAGCCAAGAGACCCAUCAAGCCUUCCAGGUCGGAACUGAGCCAGCAGAUGCCACCCAUCCCACCCGCCGUGGCGCAGCGGCCACCACUGCCGGUCAAGAGCCCGGCGGUCCUGCACCUGCAGCACUCCAAGGGCCGCGACUACCGCGACAACGCCGAGCUCCCGCACCACGGCAAGCACCGGCCCGAGGACGCGCCGCUCGGCAGGGCAGCCAUGCAGUGAAGCCCCCAGUGAGCUGCCAGCGGGAUGGGAGCCCAGAGGAGCCGCACGAAGACACUCGGAGCCUCUCCCUGGAGCCCCUGUUGGCUCCUCCUACCUAGCUUCCUGGGCAGGGCUUCCUAUUUUUCAAGAGAGAGCCUAGCUUCUGUGUGGUCCGCAGAGUGUGCUGGCUGCCAACUUGGCACCAAGUGCAGAGGUUAGAAGGAAAAGUGCACCUGGGCCUCAGCUUGACCUUGGUACUUGGAACCCAAGAGCCUUGUUCCGGUCGCCAUUUCAAAGAAAGGAACUAAGCACCGAUCUGAGGGUGGAGAUAUAAAUAAUAAUAAUAUUAAUAAUAAUAAUAAUAAUGGCUACAUGUAUCGAGCACUCACCAUGUGCCAGGUACUGUGCUAAGUGCUUCACGAACAUUGUGAGUUGAGUCUUCUUUGGCCAACCAAAACCGCAUUCCCAGACCCCCCUGGUUCAAAAUAGUCCUGAGUGGUUUGAACAAAGCAUUAAGAAUUAAAGCCAGUGCCCUUGUGGAGUGAGACUGGGCCGGGCCCAUAGGGAGCUGAAGACUGAGUGGUCCAUUUAGGGCACAGUGAACCUGGCCUGGGCUCAUGAUGCAGCCCACUGUAGCUCAAGCCCUGGGGGCUCUGGCGGAGCUGGUGCAGAGAGCAGGGAUCUCUGGGCCCUCUUGGUUCUCGCUUGGAAGGAGAAGGAAUAUCAGCUCCUGCUCUCCAGUGGAAAGCUCAGACUUCAGCUGCCCAGUCCUGUGCCAGGUCCCCCAUGCACUUCUUGAGGUGGGCAGCCUCCACCAGGCCAUGGGUCGAGGCUAGCUCCCCAACACUUACCUCAUCGUGCUAAUAGAAGAGUUGCUGGGGUCGCUCCCAAGAGCCAGGCUCACCUGCCUGUCUGCCAGGGAGGGCUGGCCUCUUGGCUCAGACUCUCACAGCUGUAGCUUUUCCUUCUGAACUCCGUGGCUUUGGCCCUGCUUCCUUGAUUGAAUAGAUUGGUGAUGUCUUCUCUUAUGUUGCUUUUUGACAAAAACAGAGUUAAUGUAGGAAACCAGAUCCAGAAGCGUGUAUGAGUGCAAGAGAAUGGGUACGCACCCCACAUCCCGGUGUGUGUCAGUCCACAUGUCCAAUAAAUUGUGUCUUUCUCACCCUG